CGCCGCCGAAAUCCUCUGUGCCCGCCCCGCCGUCUCCGCCCACCCACCCACCGGCCGCCGCGCCGCCCCUCCUCCGGCGCCGUUCCUCUCCACCAGAUCUCCCCCGCCCCCACCCCACACAUCGCGCUUUUCCUCCCCCGAGCAUGCCCGGCCCCCGUCCCCCGUUCGCUAGGGUUGAGGUCGUCGGGCCUCCUCCGGCGGCAAGGUGCUCGGCGAGGAGGAGAAGAACGCCGGGAACGUCUCCGCCCGGCCCGAGCUCACCGACACUGGCGCCCCGAGCACCUUCUCCUCAGGCGUCGCCGCCCCGUUCCUCUUAGACUCCGACGCUGCCGGCCACCUGCAUCGCCGUCCUCUUCAACUCUUCUGCUUCGUCGAUGGUCGCCACCACGCAUCGAGGCCCAAGGUAGCGCCCCUCAACUCCUAUCCCUCAUCUGUGUUCGUGUUGUGCUGGGUCUCAAACGUAUCUGAACAAAGCUACCAAGCGAGGCCUGAUACGACUGAAGAAAUAGAAACUGUACAAUGUUGUACGAACCGAAAAUAAGAACUGUACAAGGCUUUAUAGCAUUACCAUGGUCAAGUAGCUACCCGACCAACAGAUAUGGUCACUGUUGUAUACGUUCUAAUACAAAUAUGCGUAGUUUGACACUGUCAAAGUAGUAUUUUGAUUCACUGUCUCGCAUAAUCAAUUUUUUGUGAGUUUCAGAAAAUUGUAAAAAAUCAGAAAUAAAUUAAAUUCUGCCAAUUUGCAGCCGUGAUAGAUACAAUAACAGAGUACUUUUUAGUUAAUAAAAGCUUUCACUCAGGGCAGCAAGAAAAACUUGCAUUCAGAGUAAAAGCUUUUAAUGAGUACAUAUAUAUAACAGGUCGCAGACUUUUGAUGAGUCAAAGCUUGCAUUCAGAGUAGUCUGCAAUUUGUUAUUUGCAACCUGUUAUGUUCUUGUCAACUUCGUAAGUUUGGAGGAAGAAGACUCCCAGGGACACCUCCAACUAAAUUGCUCGUGGCCAAUUAUCCUCAGCCCACAUAGCACCUAGCACCGACGUGAGGUGAGGAUCUCUGUCUUCCAGGAUAUUAAGUAAACUUUCUGGAUCGACUAACAUGUGAAGGAGGAGUUGGAGGAGGGAGAGUAUGAGGUGGAGGAAUCGGCAAAGGACAUGGAAUGGCCGGUUCCUCAGGAGACCAAAAUCUGGUUGCGUGGGGUGUCCACGCUCCCUUCGCGACCAUAUCCACAUAAGGGGAUCAUUGUUAAACCUGUUGGUGUGAGGGCCUUGGUGGUUAUUCCAGAAGGCACAAUCCCGCCACGACAGCCAAGCACCAUCAUUGGAUGUCUUUGUAGGCAUUAUUACCCCGGCCUACUUCCCAUAGGAGACGGUGAGGAGGAGCCAGCUUGGUCUUGGGAGCACUGGAAACGCGCUCCAGAUACGGAAGACAAGUGGGACAGGGAGUACCGCAGUGCUGCUGAGUGGGUGGUCAACGAUUUUUGGGACUUCUUUACUUGCGUUGAGGGUAUGGAGGAUGAAGCUAAUGAGGUUGUGGAGGAGAUUGCCAAGAAGAUUGUCCAAGACAUGCCUUACGAGGCUCGUGUCAAUGCUGUGGUAAAGUAUUUCGCGCAUGAACGCAAGAUGCUUCUUAAAAAGCUGCUAGCCCGGAGAGUGCAUCUCACCCGUUCCAUGUACAUGAAGGCGGUUCCCCCAUGGUGCAACAACAAGAUUCCUUGCUACCAGCAAAUCAUAUCCAGGUGGAUAAACCCAGAGUGGAGGGCCACAUACAGAGCAGCUUCGGAGCGACGUGCCUUGAUGGGUGGUCCGGUACACCUUCAUGGCAACCUCAACCUCCAUGCUUACGUGCAGAAGAAGAAUAGGGAGAGAGGUGAGGGUGAAGAGCCGCUCAAUACCUUCACGGGAUUAUGUCUCUCCCGCAAGUCAAAGAAACCGGAAGGGGGUGGGUCAACCCAGGGGCUGGAUUGAGGAUUGAUGCAUAUAGUGGGAAGUUCAAGGAGUGCAACGGGCCUGACUCUGAUCGAGCCUCACAUGACAUUGAUGUUACGGUUUCCCUCAAGUCAGGACAAGGCAAGAAGCGUGGACGGUUAUAUGUUGGUGACGGUUCCAUCUGUAAGGACAUUCCAAAACUUGCCGACCUCCGUGCUACCACGUCGAGCUCAGGUCCUGCUAUUGAGCGUCGCCCAGAGCCUGGGCUACACAUGAUGCAUCAAUUCCAUGCUCGCCUAGAGGAAGAAAGCAGGUUACGGCAGGAAGAAACCAGGUUGCGGCUGGAGGCUCAGGCCAAUGCCCUACUUCAACAGGAGCAAGCCAUGAAAAUGCAGCAAGCCCUGUUUCAGCAGCAGGAAUUCAUGGUUAAACAGCAGGCAGCCCUGCAGGAGACGUUUGCUUGGUUCAAUACUAAUAUGCAUUGUUCUACUUUGCCGGAUCUUCCUCCUAUUCCGCCGCUUCCUACUUUUAGCUUUGUAAGUCUUCAACUUUUCAAUCAUGCAUCUUACCAUCAUGCUUAAAGAUCAUGCUUGAAGUGUCCUCGGUCGGGAGAAGGCUCCAAUAACUUUGUGGUAGGUGGAUCUAACCUGCCCAAGCAAGCUCAGUGACACCCACUGCGGCUCAUGGUGCUUCAACCUCCACAGCACAAUGAUCACUCGAGGUUUGCAUCGUGGAUGUCAUCGAUGGUGGGCAUACAUGCUGUGGUGGAAGCUGAUUGCAUCUUUUAGGUUGAACUCAUGCUAGGUGUGAACUUGGAACUCAUGAUUCCAUUUGUGGACUCUUGUUGCAUCUGUAGGUGAAUCCUUGUUGAAUAUGUACGCUUGUGGACUUUGAACUCAUGGCCCUUUUGUUUGUGAACUCUUGUUGCAUAUGUACACAUGUUUUUGUGAACCUUCUUUGAAUAUGUAUGCAUCUGUGGACUACUCAUGGUUGGUUUGUUA